ACAACCAUUGAUUCCUAUUAUUCUGAUUAUGAAUUCUAUCAGGAAGGUCAAUCAAGAGAAGGUACAAUUUUCACCUUGGAUCAACUACAAGAACUGCAGCAACAACCGUUUUUGGAUCAUAGAUUUCUCAACGAUCAAAGAUUUGAUAUCUCUUCUCCAUCACUUCAAUCAUGCCUAGAGGAAAUAGCGAAGCUUGGUGAAAUUCUAAGUAAAGAAAUUCAUCAAGAAGUUGCUCAAUCCAAGAAAAAUAAGCAAGAUUCAUUUCCUUCAACUUCACUUAAGCUCCUCAGGAUUUGUGGUGAGGGGCUUAAAUUGAGCAGUGAAAGAGCGAUCAAUCCAACCAAUACACCAAGCACAAAGGUGGCAAGCCAGGGAUUAUCAACUGAAGAAAUCGUGAGAAUUGCUGGAAAAAGUUAUUUCAAGUUCUUUACGCAAGGGAUAGAUGCUACCUCCAUCCUUAACACUUCUGUUGAUGCUUCUCUCUCAGGCCUUUCAAAUGAGGAUUCAAAAAGUGUGGAGCUUGCUGAACUUAUUAUACCUUCUGCUGAUAAAGUAAGCAAUCAUCAAUAUGACUGCCCAAGCAUAUUGCUAGAUCAAUGUGAUUCCUUGUCUUCUGCCACUGGAAAUGCAGUUCAAAGACUAGUUUAUUAUUUUUCGAAGGCCCUUCGAGAGAGGAUUGACAGAGAAACAGGAAGAAUUACAUUCCAGGAUUUGGAAAAACUGCGGUCUUUCAAUAUUAAUGAGAAAAUCAUGGCUUCCACCCCAACCAUCCUGGCCUGUCACCAACAAGUUCCCUUCUCUCAAGUAGCACACUUUGCUGGAAUCCAAGCCAUUUUAGAACAAGUGUCUGAGACAAAGAAAAUUCAUGUGAUUGACCUAGGAAUCAGGAUUGGAGUACAAUGGACAGUCUUGAUGCAAGCUCUGGCGUCGCAAUCCAAAUUCCACACUGAACUUUUCAAGAUAACUGCAGUUGGGACUACUAAGAAAAAAUUAAUGGAGGACACAGUUGGGACUACUAAGAAAAAAUUGAUGGAGGACACUGGUAAAAGAUUAAGGAGUUUUGCCCAGACCAUCAAUUUCCCCUUUUCUUUUAAGACAGUUAUUGUAUCAGACAUGCUAGAAUUCGAAGAAGAUCUUUUUGAGUUAGAUGCUGAUGAAACAGUGGUUUUCUACUGUGAUUGUUUGCUAACGAGCCUGAUUCCAUUGCCAGAUAGGCUAGCUUCUCUGAUGAAAGUGAUCAGAAACCUCAAUCCAUGUAUAAUGCCAUGUAUAAUGGUGGUCAAUGAACCUGAGAAUAAUACCGCAUCCCAUGCUUUCGUUAACCGUUUCAUAGAAGCUCUAUUCCAUUGCAGUGCAUUUUUUGAUUGCCUUGAGGCUUGUAUGGGAGAUGAUCCAAACAGGAUAAUUAUAGAAUCAUUUCACUUUGGUGAGGCAAUCAAGAAUAUUCUUGCCGCUGAGGGAGUGGAAAGGAAGGUUCAAAAUGCAAAGCUUGAUGUUUGGAGGUCAUUCUUUGCCAGACAUGGGAUGUACAAGGUUGAACCGAGUGCGUCGUCUUUAUUCCAAGCAAAUCUAGUAGCCAAGAAAUUUGCUUGUGGGAAUUCCUCUGCAGUUCUUAUGGAUGGUAAAGACUUAAUUAUUGGGUGGAAGGGCACACCAUUGCAUUCUCUUUCUGCUUGGAAAUUUAUUUCUCAAGAUUAA